UCCUGAGAAAAGUAUAUACACAUCAUACAUGCAUCAUGGCUCCAACCGUCAUCGAAGCCCUCCGCGCCCAACAUGACAAAAACGUGACCGAGACCAUCGAAACUGAAACCGCCCCCGAGAAAGAAUGGGGUGUCAUCACACAGGGCGCCAAGGAAGCCACCGACCUCGAGCACUCCCAAGGCAUUCUCGAGGCCGUUCGCCUUCAAUGGAAAGGAGUUGCCUGGGCCUCGUUCCUGUCCCUGUCCAUUGUGCUCUACGGAUACGACAAUGCUCUCAUCAAUAACUUUUACGGCUAUCCCGCCUUUCAAAAGGCCUACGGUGUACCCCACGGUGACGGCUACCAGAUCGCUGCAAAGUGGCAGACAGGCCUCUCGCAAGCGAGUAUCGUGGGCAUCAUCCUCGGAGCUACGUUCAACGGCUUCCUCUCGUCCAGGUUCGGCUACAAGAAAGUCAUGCUGGUUGGCCUUGUCCUCAUGACGGGCUUCGUUGCCAUUCCGUUCAGUGCCCGUAACGUCGAAACGCUCCUUGUUGGCGAAAUCUUCUGCGGAAUGGUCUGGGGCACGUUCGCGUCUAUAGGGCCGGCUUACAGCUCCGAGUGUCUUCCCAUCUCACUGCGAGGCUUCCUCACCAGCGGUGUCAACAUUAUGCAAAUCAUAGGCCAGCUUGUGGCAAUCGGUGUCCUUGAUGGCCUCGUCGAUUUAGACUCGGAGUGGUCCUACAAGAUCCCGUUCGCUAUCCAAUGGGUCUGGCCCGUUCCACUGUUUAUAGGGUGUCUGUUUGCGCCGGAAUCUCCGUGGUAUCUCGUUCGCAAGGGUAGACUCCAAGAAGCGGAACACAGCCUUCGCCGUCUCAGCUCCAAGAGUGACAACAAGAUCAAGGAGCAUCUAGCCAUGAUCAUUCAUACCGUCAACUACGAAGAAGAGGUACGAACAGGUUCAUCGUAUAUCGACCUGUUUCGGGGCAGCAACCUCCGUCGAACGGAAAUCUGCUGCUUAUCAUUCGCCGGUCAGGUAUUCAAUGGCAUCUUCAUGAUGAACCCUGGAACGUACUUCUGGGAACAGGCAGGCCUGUCUGCCAGUAACAGCUACAAGGUCUCUGUGGCUGCUACGGCUAUUGGACUGCUUGCAACUUGCAUUGGCUGCGUCCUCAUUGCUCAUCUAGGCCGUCGCAGCCUCUAUCUCUGGGGCAUGGUCUUCAUGACCGUCGUCAACGUUCUCAUCGGCAUCUUGGCAACAGUUCAUGCCAAUGAAGGCACCAAAUGGGGACAAGUCGCCCUUACCAUCCUCUGGGUAUUCUGCUACGAUAUCUCGGUAGGGCCAGCAGCUUACGCAACGUCGAGUGAGGUUUCCGCAAUCAGUCUGCGGGUUCAAAGUGUUGCUGCAGCAAAGAUAGCACACCAAAUCUUUGACAUCAUUGCUGCUGUGCUCGAGCCAUACAUGAUCAAUCCCACCGCUUGGGGCUGGGCUGGAAAGACGGCCUACUUCUGGGGCGGAACCUCGGUGCUUGUGACUAUAUGGGCAUUCUUCCGAUAUCCCGAAACAUUCAAGCGAUCAUAUGAAGAGCUGGAUAUUCUGUUUGAAAGGGGCAUUCCUGCACGCAAGUUUCGCAAGUACGAUGUUGAUGCUUAUGAUAUUGAUGGCCAGCAGGUUCACGAGAAGUCUGCUUAG